UGGUUGGAACAUGUGCCUGUGAUAUGUGCAAGCACAAGAUACACACGAUAAGCACCCCCCACUUUUAUCAGUGGCCAACUCAUGACAAACGACUAAACGCUGGCAUUUUCCUAUAUUUUAAAAAUCCGAAAAGUGAAAAGUGACAUUGCGUUUUCCAAUUGGCGCCCACGAAAAGAUCCCGCCAAAUCCUAAAAGGAUUUUCCUAAAAUCAAAUUUUUUUUUUAUCGUAUUCAAAAAGCUUCCCUCUCAAGCUUCGUCCCCUAAAAUAAUAAUUUUAAGAUAUUUACUCUAUACACCAUCCAUCGUCACUUUCCUAACAAAACCCUCCCUCCUAAAUAAAUUUACAUCCUUAAUAUAUCGCAGCUUCCUUUCCUGUAAUUCCCGCCAAAUUCCAAACCCAUUUCCGUAAAACCGAACUCUCUCUCAAAAUGACCGUUGCACCCUUUUUCGAUAGGUUAACCAAACAAAUUCCUGUCCAACCAAAAUACGAAUGGGAUUGGCUUCCUUCUCGUGAAAUCUUAAUGAAAUUCCCGGACUACCCUUCUCCUCCUUCUUCAUGGUUUAUUCUCCCGCAAGCUUCUCAGAAAAAAAUAUAAAAUUUUCAAAAUCACGCGCUCCCAAAUUCAAUUCAAAAAAAAUCCUCUUCUCUCCCACCAAUUCUUUUUGUAUAAAUUCCACUCAAACCCUCUUCAUCUUCCAAGCCCAAAUCCCAAAAAUAAAAACCCUAAUUUCCCCUAUUGCAUUCAAGUUUUUCCAGUUCUUUGAAAACCAAUCGAAAAUGCCUGCUUACCCUGAAGAACCACUUCUGGCUCCGAACCCAGACCGGUUCUGUAUGUUUCCGAUCCAAUACCCGCAAAUCUGGGAAAUGUACAAGAAAGCCGAGGCCUCCUUCUGGACCGCCGAGGAGGUCGACCUCUCUCAGGAUGUUCGUCACUGGGAAAACCUAACCCCCGACGAGAAGCACUUCAUUUCGCAUGUGCUCGCUUUCUUUGCUGCCUCAGACGGCAUCGUUUUGGAGAAUCUCGCCGGGAGGUUCAUGAAGGAGGUUCAGGUCGCAGAGGCUCGCGCUUUCUAUGGCUUCCAGAUUGCCAUAGAGAAUAUCCACUCCGAAAUGUAUAGCCUCUUGCUCGAAACCUAUAUCAAAGACCCGGUCGAGAAGAACCGGCUUUUCCAUGCCAUCGAGACCGUCCCUUGUGUGGCCAAGAAGGCCGAAUGGGCCCUCCGGUGGAUCGACGGCACCGAAUCGUUCGCGGAGCGUUUGGUUGCUUUCGCUUGCGUGGAGGGGAUUUUCUUUUCGGGGAGCUUCUGCGCGAUAUUUUGGCUGAAGAAGCGCGGGUUGAUGCCCGGGCUCACUUUCUCGAACGAGUUGAUCUCGCGAGACGAGGGUUUGCACUGCGACUUCGCGUGCUUGCUUUACACGCUGAUGAGGAAGAAGCUGAGCGAGGAACGAGUUAAGGGAAUCGUUCGCGACGCGGUUGAUAUAGAGAGAGAGUUCGUGUGCGACGCGUUGCCGUGUGCUCUGGUGGGGAUGAACGGUGAUCUGAUGAGCCAGUACAUUGAGUUUGUGGCUGAUAGGUUGCUGGGUGCUUUGGGGUACGGGAAGAUUUACAAUGUUCAGAACCCAUUUGAUUGGAUGGAGCUGAUAUCGUUGCAGGGGAAGACAAAUUUCUUCGAGAAGAGGGUCGGAGAGUAUCAGAAAGCUUCGGUUAUGUCCAGCAUCAAUGGGGAUGGUGGGACCCACGUGUUCAAGAUGGAUGAAGAUUUCUGAAUAUGAUGGGGUUGUUCGAUAGAAAGAGAGACAGAGAGGGGCACACACAGAGAUGGUUUUUUUUUUUUUUUUUUUGUGUAAUAUUUUUGUAUUUCGUUUUUUAGAUUUUUUUUAACUUUUUUAAUCUGACUUGUAUUUUUUUUUUCUUUUGCUUUUUGCUUUCCGCAAUAUCUUUGUUUAAUUUAUAGUUUUAUAACUAGUAUAUAAGUAAAUAAAUUUGAUAAUUUCCCUUA